AUGACAAGAGAAAAAGGGAUUCUGAAGGCUAGGCUGAGUUUUGAUGACUGCCGCAACAGUUGGCAACAGAUGAUGAUGGCAGACAAGUUCAAGAUGGAAAUUUUCUAUAAAGAGCUGAUGCAAAACUACAAUAAUGUUGAUUGGUAUGUUGUCUUUGCAGGUAAUAUAGCUAGACCGAGGGCCCUGUUCUUCCUGUGGCUCGCGUUUCAUAGACGUUUGGCCACAAAGGAUAGACUAGCAAAGUUUGGGAUCAUAAGAGAAACUCAAUAUUGUUUCUGCAGUGAAGUAGAGACUAUAGAUCACCUAUUCUAUAGCUGCAAUGUGAUGAAGUUUAUUUGGUCUGACAUUUUGAAAUGGAUCAAUGUUGAUCAUGUGCCUUUGGAAUGGAAUCAGGAGAUAUGCUGGCUUAUUCAGAUUGCUAAAGGCAAAGGAAUGAAAGUGAAUCUGUUGAAGAUGGCUGCGGCUGAAACCUUGUAUUGUUGUUGGAAAUUCCGGAAUGAUACAUGCUUUGGAAAUCCGCAAAUUGUUGAUAAAGUUGUGCAUAAUAUACAGGAGGCUAUUAUACAUAGAGGAUGGAAUUAUAGGAAGUAUAGAGAUCUUAUAGCUAAGCUUUUGAUGUAA